UGUGUGCCUUGCAAACUGGUGGUGACAACAAUACCUGUCAAGUGAGUGAAGUGAUGUUUGUUCAGGUGUCUUGGAAAUGUAUUUCUAGCAUUACAUACAAUUAUUAUUAACAUACGCAGAUUACAGGCCCUUUGGUGUGCCGGAUACGUAAUGACAGAUGAUACCUCGCCGGAAUCGGUGGUCACGUGACUAACUGCGAAGAACCGAUGUUGUAUGCACGCAUAACGUCUUCAAGUGACUGGAUACAGGACACAAUAAGAAAAGUUGGCUAUCCGGAUAUCUUGCAUCAAGUAGUAGUAUCUAUUUUAGACGGCGCUGCCUGCACCACUUUGUAUUCUAACUAUGGUGUGAGUGUCACUGGUACCAUGCUGUGUGUACAUGACAAUAGAUCCAGUGGAGUCUGUUUCGGAGACGGUGAUGGCCCACUAGUAUGUAAGAAGUCGGAUGGUCGAUGGUAUUUAGCGGGCAUUACAUCGUGGAUAAUGGGAGAAUGUGCUAGUCCAUAUCUACCAUCAGGCUUUGCCCGGGUGACUGCCGCGCGCGAUUGGAUUGAUCUAUUUAUGGAAAAUUAG